UCGGAGACCAGCCAAUAAUAGCUGCCUCCACCAUGAAGCUGGUGACAGUCCUCAUGCUGGUGGUCCUCCCCCUUUACUGCUAUGCAGGUUCCGGCUGCCAACUUCUCGAGGAUGUGAUUGAAAAGACAAUUAAUCCUGAUCUGUCCACGACUGAAUAUAUAGCAGCUCUUCAAGAGUUCAUAUCAGAUGAGGCCACUGCAAAGGCUGGAGAGGAAUUCAAGCAAUGUUUUCUCAACCAGUCAAAUGAAACUCUGACCAAUUUCAGAGAGAUGAUGCAUAUAAUUUACAAUAGUGUUUGGUGUGCUCCGUUUUAACUUUCCACAAGACCCUUGGCUCAGAGAACUACAGAGAAUGGUCAGAAACCGACUGCCGAUUGCUA